GUUUCUGUAUAUCGUGGCAAUCCGUUUUCCAUCUACAUUCAUCCUCACCACUCGUUGUACAGGAAGAUAAAACGGCCGUUUAACAAAUCGAAGGUCAUUCGAGCAUUACACGUGAGUAAACUGGUGUAUGGAAUGAACGGAUAUUUGAAACUAAUUGGAACCAAAAAUUGUGUUCAGGCAGUUGGUAUGCAUAUUAUUCUCCGACACAAAGCGAGAAACAGACUAACUUUCGGAGUCCAUCCAAUUGUUGCCUCCUAAGUGGAGACUGAAAGUCACCGCUUCGCUCUGCAGAAGUUAGAGAAGGAGAAUGAACUCAGAAACUACACUUGUCAGCAGUUGGGAAGGGGAUUUCUUCAUCCCUGAAUUGGAACACCCAAAUUACCGAUCUCUGGAUUGGGGACUGGAGGACCUGAAAAUCCCGAGGAACACUGGCCAGAGAGUGCGCGUUCACAAUACGUCCGUUACCAAGUCGGAAUUGUGCAAGCUGGAAGAACCGUCGUUAUCAUCAGAACACAUAAGACAACUUGGUCUGCAUUAUCGGAUAAAAGAUGCCGUAUCAAUGUGCUACAUUCGGAAUCCAAUACUUAAACAAUUUCCUGUACUGGAGACACUUCAGGAGAAGCUUCAGUCGCUUACGGGCAAACCACGCGUAACUCUCAACGACUACCGUUACAUGGAAAGCCUGAAAGCUAGGUUAUUGGAAGAUGAACGAGCUAAAAAGGUGAGGAAGGACGGAGACAGAAUCGAGACUCCCGCAAUCGCAGUCAGUCGCCCAUUCACUCUAAGAUCACGGUCACAGAUGGGGAUUUAUCGGGUAUUGUCGCCUUACCUUCCUAAACCAUACAACAUGGAUUACUCAUACACAGGACGAAAAGGAAGUCACUGGAGUCAUGUGAGCAAAACUGACCCCGGGAAGACCUUUGAUGUGAACCGAGAUUUGGCUUACCGAGAUCUUUCUAGAGAACAGUACGAGCUGGCCAUGAAAGAGUUAUUUUUCGGCCCAAGAGGAAAUUCUGCGGAACCUGUCGUAGUAACCUUCAAACGCGUCUUGCCAAAUCAAGAAAAUGAAAUAAUCACCAUGUAUGACUUGGCCGCCAGAGCCUUAGCGAUGCCAAAUACAUAUGCGAAACAAAAACGAAAGAUACGUGUCAAAUAGCUGAAUAUCUAACGAUGUUGGCAAGAAAUGUGUUCAUCUCCUUUACCGUCAUCACCUCGUUUGAUGGUACAGAAUUAGUUGGAUUUAUGUUACAUUAUUUUACAUUCGAAAAGUUUUAUGGAAAUGAAUUCAUUCAAAUUCUUUCCGAAUAAAGGAAUGCUCAAU